AACGCCAGCAGCAGAUCCAGCGAUCAGCGUUAAAAGAGCCACAAUCCACGAUUAGCCAGCAGCCAACCGCUAACCGCUAACAUCGAUAACGAGCAGCUGUUUUGGGCCCAGUGUCAGAGAGCUAUCUGUCCGCAUCUGCCAACAGCAGCAGCGAUCCCCCGCCUCAUCAGCAUCAGCAGCUGAAUUGUCAGCAGAAACAAGUGCAAAAGUGAAGUGAACUCCGCCGACAGCGACGCUCUCUCUGUCACCUCCACCUGCUCUGGAAGCUCCUCUGGUCUCUUGCGCUCCGGCUUCGUGCUCGUGCCGUGUUCGCCGCGGUUCGCUUCAGACUCGGACUUGGAUUCGGACCCGAGAUCGGGUUCGUGCGGCACUCCGCUCGCGCUCCAAGUCGCGCCGUAAAUUACUUGCAAAGUUAAAUUUAGUCUCGGCUUUUAAUACCGUUUUUGUGCGUUUUCGAGUUGGUCGUGUUUUUGUUAACAACAAAAUUCCAAUAAAAAAUCAGCUCGAGCCAAAAUCAAAUAAAUAUUCUGAAGAGGAAAGCUCUUCAGCUCCUCAGACGUUUUCACCAGAAGGAGAGACUUUAAUGUGACUGCGAGAAUCUUGAAAUUGUGAAAUAUUUCCCGGAUCCUGUUGAUCGAUUAUCCUGCUGAAAUUUGUUGUUUGGCAAAUACCCGAAAAUAUAUAAUUUUUUUUUCUGUUGAACAACUUGAACGGAAAUGUAAGCUACUCGCCCCCGCCAAGAACUGAGCCCCGCUUUCUGCUUAACAUUUAGAACAAUUGUUUUUCGACGCGGCCACCAGCUCCGAAACGUCCAGCGCAGCAAGCCUUAAACAACAAAAUCCAAUUACAUAACAUUUAAUUGCAAAGAGCAGCAAUUUAAUAUCAUAAUUUACAAAAAAAAAAAACGAGCUCACAUAUACCACACACGCGUACAUUCGGGCGCACGCAUACGCACACAAGCAGCGUAUUAAAAGACGGAAGUGGAUUUCGUUUAGCGGCAAAGCGGCGCAUCCUGUUUUGGGCUUUUCAACAUACACACACGAGAGAGAGAGAGAGACCUCGCGAACACGUAUAAGAGUUGCGAUUGCGUUUUCCCAAGAGAUAUAACGCACACUCUUCCCUUUGGUUAAUUGAUUAACCAGGUCCCCCCGAACAGAGCACACUCGAAAAAGGGAACGGAGAACAUAGAAAUCCAGCAAGAUGACUGGUUUUACCAACGGCGGAUUCGAGAACGAUGAGCCCGUCAAGCCGAAAGCUGGUUUUGAGCCCGACACCGCCUCGUUACGAGAGAAAGUUGUGCUGAAUCCGGCCGAGAAAUGGCGCAUCUUAAAGAAUAUCUCGAUCAUCUCGAUCGCCUUCAUGGUGCAGUUCACCGCGUUUCAGGGAACAGCCAAUCUGCAGUCCUCGAUCAACUCAAAGGAUGGCCUGGGAACAGUCUCGCUGAGCGCGAUCUACGCGGCCUUGGUGGUGUCGUGUAUUUUCCUGCCCACCCUGAUCAUCCGCAAGCUGACGGUCAAAUGGACUCUGGUCUUUAGCAUGCUCUGCUAUGCGCCCUACAUUGCUUUCCAGCUCUUCCCGCGCUUCUACACCCUCGUCCCCGCCGGCAUACUGGUUGGUAUGGGUGCAGCGCCCAUGUGGGCGUCCAAGGCUACCUAUCUGACGCAGGUGGGACAAGUGUAUGCCAAGAUCACGGAACAGGCGGUCGACGCGAUCAUUGUGCGGUUCUUUGGCUUCUUCUUCCUGGCCUGGCAAUCCGCUGAGCUCUGGGGCAAUCUUAUCUCCAGCUUGGUCCUUUCCAGUGGUGCCCAUGGAUCCAGCAGCAGCUCUAACUCCACGAUCAGCGAGGAGGAUCUGCAGUACUGCGGCGCCAACUUCUGCACCACCGGCACUGGGGGACAUGGCAACCUGGAGCGUCCGCCAGAGGAUGAGAUCUUCGAGAUCUCGAUGAUCUAUUUAUCGUGCAUCGUGGCCGCCGUCUGCAUCAUUGCCUUCUUCCUUGAUCCACUCAAGCGCUACGGAGAAAAGCGCAAGGGCUCAAACUCCGCCGCCGAGCUCUCGGGCGUCCAAUUGCUCUCGGCCACUUUCCGUCAGAUGAAAAAGCCGAAUCUGCAGCUGCUCAUCCCCAUCACCAUCUUCAUCGGCAUGGAGCAGGCAUUCAUCGGUGCCGACUUCACCCAGGCCUACGUGGCCUGUGCCUUGGGCGUCAACAAGAUCGGCUUCGUCAUGAUCUGCUUCGGCGUUGUCAACGCCCUAUGCUCCAUACUGUUCGGUUCUGUCAUGAAAUACAUUGGCCGGACGCCCAUCAUUGUCCUUGGAGCCGUGGUGCACUUUACCCUCAUUACGGUUGAGCUCUUCUGGCGGCCCAAUCCCGACAAUCCCAUCAUCUUUUACGCCAUGUCCGGCCUAUGGGGCGUCGGCGACGCCGUCUGGCAGACCCAGAUCAACGGCCUCUACGGGCUGCUGUUUCGCCGCAACAAAGAGGCGGCGUUCUCCAACUACCGGCUGUGGGAGUCGGCUGGUUUUGUGAUCGCCUACGCCUAUGCCACAACGCUGUGCACCCGCAUGAAGCUCUACAUCCUGCUGGCGGUGCUCACGCUGGGGUGCAUCGGCUACGUCAUCGUCGAGAUACUCUACAGGAAGAAGCAACGCAAGGUCAAGAAGCAGGAGAAGCUGGAGGCUGCCGAGAAGGAGAAGGAGGCCGCUGCUGCGGCUGCCGCAGCCAUUGCUGCUGCCGAGGCCAAUGCGAUCGACGGCGUCGAGGAGACCGACGACGAGCUGGAUGAUCUCGAAGAAGACAUUGUAGUCACUCGCCUGUAAUCGGUGAAGACGGUGCCGAUAGCUGUUAAGUGUUCGAUCGAUCGAUCAAUCGAUCAAUCGAAUGAUCGAAGGGAAGCGUUGUAUAGCCCCCGGCGUACUUAGUGCAUUGACCCCUCCCCCCCACCACACCAUACCAUACACCAUCCCACACAUCGAUUGUCACGCACCAUCCCUACCACCCUCUCCACUUCUCCACAGCCCCUCCUCCAGAGAAAACCAUUUAGCUCAAAGACCAUCCAUACCGAGACGCACACACAUGCCCCUCGAUAUGCAUGCACUCGCAUGUGUGUGUGUGCUUGGCUAACUUUAAUUUGUACAUAAAAAGAGAGAACCGAGAGAGGGAGAGACAGUGAGAGGAGAAAGAUAGGCAAGAACAAUGAGAGAAUGAAAGCAGAAUAUGCAGAAUAUAUUUGCAUUUGAUGUGUGCAAGUGUACGCACGCUCCCACUCACACAUCACGAACAUAUAUGUAUACACACACACACACACACACACACACAAGCGUGCAUAUGUGUGUGCGGGCCCCUUUAAGCCUAAAAAAUUGUUAUUUUAUUUUAAAUCGUAUUUUAACUAUAAUCCCUACCAUAAAUCA